AUGGACCCACUCGAAAGUGCUUUUACUAUUUCCAUGGAACACGCCUUCCUAAUGAACGUCCUCAAGAACCCCUCUUUCUUCCGCCCAAGCAGCCGUCCGUCCUCGCCGGCACCAGGAUCGGUCCCUUCCCGCACCGACUCGAACCCAGGGGGCGAACGAACCUCUCGCCCUCUCAACAAGCUCUCCCUCAGUAGCUUCAUCCGACAAACCCCUUCCUUGCCGCCGAGCCCUGCCCCGAAUCCCGUUACCCUCGUCCAAGAUGGUUCCUAUCUGGAAAUGUUGAGCUUGAAGCUCAGCGAAGCGGUUUCCAAGGCUCUGGCGCAACCAAGUGGCCCACCCCUUACCGCCAACGAACAGUUUGCUGGGAAGCGACCGAUUCCGCAAGGGCGCGGACUCGCCCUUGGAGUACUGAUUGCGUCAGAACUCAAUGCGGCGCUUGAUAAUCUACAUCUUCAUCGAGCAGUGUUGCGGUCUCUCCAACGACCUUUCACAGUCCUGUCCACCAACUUAUCGGGACAGCUCCUGCCAUUGCUCUCAUCGCCCUCUUUUCUAGCAAUCCCGACGAUUUCCAACCAGUUUUCCUUCCCGAACCCUGUUCAGCUCCACGCUCUAUCUAUUGUCAAAUUUUGCGAAGAGCUCAUGCAGGUGUUUGACGAAUUAGGGCUGGGUACCGACGCUGAUGUCCGCGGCGAUGGCCUGAAGGCCAUUCGAGAUGGCUUUGCCUCCCUCAUCAAGCGAGUAAUCAACCCUCUCAUUGGGGGCAUUCGUGCCGAGUUGAUCCCUCUCAUGGAAGCCUUGGAGACUCCCAACUCAUCGCCCAUCCCGAAACCUGCCGUCGGAGUUAAAAAUACAACGGUCUACCAUCCUUCGAUUGUCGCUUUGCAGACACUUAUGCCUGUUUAUUCGCGGGCGCUAACAGUUUGCACGACCUCCAACUUAUCCCAUGCCACGUUGGCGAGCUUGCUCAUUUCGGUGCUCUGGAAAGCGAUGGUCGCCCUGUCACACCGCGUUGACGCGAAGCCGUCUCCUUUAACACCUGAAACAUCCCCCCUUCUAUCAGUCAAGAAACGCCGGGGAUCGCCCACCGCAUCAACCACACCUCCGCUGACGCCGCCAACGCGGUUCACGAUCAAGUUGCCACCUUCGCGCCCUCCUUCACCCCCGCCGGUGAUUGGCUAUGCUACAGCAGCAGCAGAUUGUAGGGCCCUUUACGAGCUCUUGGUAGGACUUCCCCGGCCAAACGCCGGGCAGGAAUCCACUCGAUUGGCGAGAGAGGCCGUUGAUGAAGCAUAUGAAGGUCUGAGGACUCUUCCGGCUCUCCUCGAUAUAACCAAAGUGGGCGAGGACAAAGAUGCGAGGACCGUGGCCAGAGAACUCAACCAACUCACGGCUGAAAUCCCUUCGCUCAUUGCCCUUCCUGUAAUCCUCCAUGCUCUUGGAGGACCAGGUACUUUCUCGGUUGCAACAAUGUUGGGAAUAUCGGAAGACGAAUAUAGAAAGGGGUGUCUCGGGGGUUUCAGUCGUGCAGAGGAGUGCGCUUUUGCGAUCUCGCAGCGUAUAUUGGACGUACUUCAGAUGGACCCACUGCAGAAUCAAGUCAUCAUAUGGUGGCUCGAAAUGGAGUUGGCGGAGAUGGAUGAUUCAACGUGA